CGCCGAUUACACCGACUGCCUCCACACUACGAACAAAGGGUACAUCGAUCCCCCCAACUCCCGCAUCUGCGAUUUACUUCCCUUCUCUUUUUCUCUCUUUGUCUGCUCCGGCGUAAUCGCCUCAGCAACUGCGAUGAGAGGCCAUGAUCGGAUCAAUACCUACCUUCCGGAUGAGCUGAUAAUCGAGAUCUUGCGGCGUCUCGAGUCUAAGAGCAGCCGCGACGCCUGCUCUCUCGUCUGCAAGCGGUGGCUCCAUUUCGAGCGCCUCACCCGCCGCUCCCUUCGCAUCGGUUCCUCCUCCAGUCCUGACCUUUUCAUCGGCAUCUUGUCUCGCCGUUUCGCCAAUGUCUCCGCCGUUUACGUCGACGAGAGGCUCUGUAACCCUUAUCCCUCCCAAUGCGGAAGAAGGCGUGUUGGUGAUCAACCUGUAAAUUCAUCUCAUAAGUUUCAUCAGACUAACAAGAAAGGCGGGUCUGAGAGCCGUGAGAUUGAACAAUACUGCUUAACUGAUGCUGGGUUGACUGCUAUUGGUGAAGGCUUUAUAAAACUUGACAAGUUGAGCUUAAUUUGGUGUUCUAGUGUGACAAGUAUGGGGUUAAAAUCCUUAGCUGAGAAGUGUAGAUCCCUAAAGUCUUUGGAUUUACAGGGUUGCUAUAUUGGGGAUCAUGGUUUAGCUGCUGUUGGGGAGUGUUGUAAGCAGCUUGAGGAGUUGAAUUUGCGUUUUUGUGAAGGCUUGACUGACAAUGGUUUAGUGAACUUAGCCUAUGGUUGUCGACAAUCACUAAAAGCUCUUGGCAUUGCUGCAUGUGCAAGAAUAACUGAUUUCUCAUUAGAAGCUGUAGGGUCUCAGUGCGUAUCUCUUGAGAGUUUUUCAUUGGAUUCAGAGUUUAUUAAUGACAAAGGGAUUCUUGCUGUGACCCGGGGAUGCCCUCUUUUGAAAGCACUGAAGCUGCAGUGUGUUAACCUUACAGACAUGUCUUUGCAAGCUGUUGGCACUUUUUGUUCAUCUCUGGAGUUGUUGGCUUUAUACAGUUUUGAGAGAUUCACGGACAAGAGUCUACGUGCUGUUGGAAAUGGAUGUAAAAAGUUAAAAAAUCUUACACUAAGCGAUUGCUAUUCCUUUAGCGACAAGGGUUUGGAACUAAUUGCAGCUGGAUGUUCUGAACUUACACAUCUUGAGAUUAAUGGCUGCCACCAUAUUGGAACAGUUGGGUUGGAAGCUGUUGGAAGAUUUUGCCUGCGGCUUAAGGAGUUGGCUCUAUUGUACUGCCAAAGGAUUGGUAAUAAUGCCCUCUUUCAAGUUGGCAAGGGUUGUAAAUUCUUGCAAGCCCUUCACUUGGUAGACUGCUGUAAUAUUGGGGAUGAUGCCAUAUUCAGUAUAGCAAAGGGAUGCAAGAACUUGAAGAAACUUCAUAUUCGCCGAUGUUAUGAGGUUGGAAAUAGGGGGAUUAUAGCAAUUGGGGAGAAUUGUGAGUUUCUCACUGAUCUGAGCCUUCGAUUCUGCGAUAGGGUAGGGGAUGAGGCCCUUAAUGCUAUUGCUCAGAGCUGUUCCCUACGUCAUUUAAAUGUAAGUGGUUGUAACCAAAUUAGUGACGCUGGGAUAAUAGCUAUUGCAAAAGGAUGCCCUCAACUCUGUUACCUUGAUGUAAGCGUUCUUCAGCACCUGACGGAUACGGCAAUGGUUGAGAUAGGUCAAUGCUGUGUGUCACUAAAGGACAUAGUGAUAUCCCACUGCCGUCAAAUAACGGAUGUAGGUCUAUCCCAUCUUGCUGGAAAUUGCAGAAUGCUUGAAUCCUGUCACAUGGUAUAUUGCCCUGGUAUAACUUCUGCUGGAGUUGCUACCAUGGUUUCAGGCUGUGCCAACAUUAAGAAGGUCCUGGUUGAGAGGUGGAAGGUGAGCCAGAGAACAAAACGAAGGGCUGGUUCCAUAAUUACCUAUCUCUGUGUUGACCUUUAGAUCUCCCCUUUCCCAAUUAGUGUGUAUAGAUAUAAUUACCAAUCUCUGUGUUGAUCUCCUCCUCAGUUAGUUUUAUAUAUAUAUAUAUAUAUAUAUAUAUAUAGAGGCGUAUUUGAGAGUUGGGAAGUACUUGCGCAUGUGCUUGUAGGUUUUUUUAAAAAUGUUUUUUUUUUAUAUCUACUUUUUGGGUUUGGUCAGUGUGCGACAUCUGCUCUUAGCCUACAACUUUUGUAAUAACAAUAGCAAGGGAAUAAUUUUCAGUUUUCAUUUGUAUAUUAUAAAUUAUUACCUUC